CAGUGCCCCUCACAUUGUGACUGUGAUGUCAGCAGGAAAGAGACUAUUACCUGCUGUUUGUACACUAUCCAUUCAAACAGGCGAUGACAAGCUAGACAGGUGGUUCAUCCAGUGGACAGAAAGAUCAAGAUGUCUCAGGGCCUAGAGAAAUCAUUCCGUCAAUAUGCAUCUUACGGUACUUCCAAAGCGUCUGGAAAUGAUAUGACUGGCAAAAACUUUAGCAAACUCUGCAAGGAAUGCAGUAUACUAGAGGGUGGAUGCACCAGCACAGAUGUGGACAUUGCAUUCGCCAAGGUCAAAAGUAAGGCAUCCCAUGUGAUCAAUUAUGAACAAUUUCAAAAGGCCCUGGAACUGCUCUCAGUGAAGAGAUUUCCUGGGAAGCCAGCAGAUGAGGCAUUAGCUGACAUCCGUAAGCUUGUAGAGGGGAAAGAGCCGGCCAGCGCGGGAACCACUAAAGCUGUGUCUGCAGGGGUAGUGGAUCGUCUAACAGACACUUCAAAGUACACUGGCUCACACAAGGAGCGUUUUGAUGAAAGCGGCAAAGGCAAAGGCAUUUCAGGACGCGAGCAGGAGGCAGACACCUCUGGAUAUGUGGGAGCUUAUAAGGGAGUGGGGACAUAUGAUCAGAAAAAGAAACCUUAAUUCUGAGAAAACCGCCAAAGGCCAUAACUGUAGUUAGAAGUGUGCUUACAACAGCUUGUCAAUAAUCACCAUUGCUUAAGUCUGAA